AACGCUAGCUUGCUGGUAGCAUCCAUUCAAAUGAAACGAGUCCAUCUAGCAGCGCCGUGACCAGGAAGUGCAAACACGGAAACGGAGGCUUCCACUUUAACUUUUAAAAAAAGUUAACUGUAUCUGAAGUCGUGUCUUUUUUGGUUUAAUAAGAUAGAAGAAAGGUACAGGAACGACAAUGGUGAAGAUUUUCAUUGGGAACCUGUCUCAGCACGCUGAGAAGGAGGAAGUGGAGGCUCUGUUUAGCCAGUACGGCAAGGUGACAGAAUGCGCCAAGUACAAAAACUACGCUUUUGUCCACAUGGAAGACCGCAAGUCGGCCACCAAGGCCAUCCGUGAGCUCCAUCUCCAUAAGCUGAAUGGCAGACCCAUCAACGUGGAGCCGAGCAGAGGGAAGAACCAGGGCCCUGUGAAGCUCCAUGUAGCCAAUGUUGAAAGGGGCUUCGAUAAAGAGCUCCGUGAGCUGUUUGAAGAGUACGGCACGGUCACAGAGUGCUCCAUUGUCAAGAACUUUGCCUUUGUGCACAUGUCCAACUCCGAUGAGGCCACGGAUGCCAUAGAGGGCCUGGAUAACACGGAGUUUCAAGGAAAGCGCAUACAUGUUCAGAUAUCAAAAAGCAGACCCAGAGGGGAACCCGAGGAGGACUAUCCACCUCCGCCUGGCAGAGGAGGCUAUUAUCCUCCUCUCUACCCAGGGGAGAGGCCUGAGCCUCCCUACAGAGGCCGCAUGCCAGCUUACCCUCCUCCACCUCCGCCUCCGCCAAUGUUGCCCCUUCCUCCGAGACGACCACCAUAUCCCGACCGCGGCUAUGGCGAGCGAGAAGGCUACGGGGUGGUCGACUACUAUGAGAAAUUCAGAGCACGCCCGUAUGGCAUGGGAGGCUACGAUGACCGCCGUUCCAGUGCCAUCCCCCCUCCUCCGCCUCCUCCCUCGGCGCUGGUUAGAGAACGUCUUGGAAUGGGGUCCCAUGACCCAUAUGACCGCCGUCCGCCCCCUCCCCCUCCUCCGUCCUACAUGGUCAGGGACCGAAGCCCCAUCAGACGAGCACCCCCUCCACCUGCUCCAGCAGCUGGUAACGGGUACUCCUACGAGCGGUCCCGGCUCUCGCCGCUGUCUAGAGCUCCGAUGUAUGCAGCGCCCCGCCCCAGGGACUCCUUCUCAGAGAGAGCGCCGAUGCCACCUCCACCUCGAUAUGCAAGUUAUUAGGCACACAAGAGCGUAAUACAAGGUUGGUAGACUCUGUGCUGGAGAUGUGCCAGCUCAUGGUAAGUUGUCCUCGGGAGAUGUGCAGCAUCCUGUAGAAAAGAGGUAGGCAUUGUUGAAACUGUACUGCAAAACACCUCUUACUAAUGCAGUGGUUCUCAAACUGAGGGGCGGACCCCCUUCGCACGGCGUAGUGCCACCACGGGGGCGGGGGCAUGGAUGUUGAGCUGACCUGAAGUUGCAUGAAUGUUAUUUAUGUGGUGGCGUUAAAAAGAGGGCUCAGAUGCAAGCAAGGCUAACCUGAAUCUUCAUUUUAGUUGCCCCUUUUGGUUAAUGAUUGGUAAAAAUUAAAUCAAAUCGCUGGAGUCGGGGGGGGCCUUAAAACUUUUUUUGGCUUCUAAAGGGAGGCGUGACCAAGUUUGGGAACCACUGUACUAAUGAAAUCAAUUGUCUCCUGUCUCCCUCUUGUGUUGCAUUCAUGCUACAGUGUUCCUAUACACUGGGAAUAGUAAGAAAUUUUAUUUUCAAAAUCUAGAAGCCUUGGAUAUUUUUAAAGGAAGUGUAGGGAGGGGGGGAUUAUUCUAAAACUUUGUAUCUUGCCAAAAUGUAAAAGUGAACACAGAAAAAAUGUAAGUUUUUGUUCAGACAUUUUAUUUAUUUAUUUUUAACAUUGUUAAUGUUCUCCUUGAUGAGGAGUGGGGUGUCUGACCCUGUCUCUGUGUCUGCAGGUCUGUCUCUGCUCUGGUGGCUGUAAUGGGUCUUGGAGUGAAUUCACAGAUGUUUGUAGCCUCUGAGCAUUACCUGCUAGUAAUAGAUGGGAUCAGAUGGUCCUGUAAUUAACGGUAAAGCAGUACGAGUACACUAUGAUGUCCUUAAGAGGCUUUUCAGUUUUGUGAACUUGUUUGUUGUUACAGGAGGUGAAGUUGGAUCGUCAGUGAAAGUUCUUUGGUUGGUGAGCUGAAGUGAAUGUCCAGUCCUCAGAAAACCUGCAUGGUUACAUCUUUGUUCUCUGCAGCUAAUGACACUGAAAUAAUGAUAGAGGAAAAUAAAUUCUGAUGUUAUUGACUCAAGUGAUCUGAAACUUGACAAUUUAAAAAAAAAAAAAAAAAAAAACCAUUUGAAACCAUUGUGUGAUGAUAAACACACAACUUUUCUUUUGCUAGUAUCAUGUCUAAACUAUUUAUGAAGCUAAAAUAUUUCAUAUACUUUAGGUUACUGUAUAUAGACAGUUGAAUACAAAUUAUUGCUGCGCUUAAUUGUUAAUAAAAUGUAUUUUAAAAUGUA